CUUGAAGGCAGCGGCUGUAAACACCGGGGGAGUGGGCGGUAACCGACGUGUUAAACAGCGAGGCAGCUUUUAUAACGCGGAGAGGUCAGUAAACAGAGGCUCCUCCGGCAGCGAGCAGCAGACAUGUGGCUCCAAAAACUCCUCGUCUAUGUCUCCACAGCGGGCAGGAUGUGCUUCUUGGUGGUACUCAACACCAUCCUCAAGGUGAUGCACUUUAUUUCACCAAGCCUCACCAAGAGGCUCAUCCUCCGCAUGGGCGAGAAGCUCACCAUGACCCAGAAUCGAAAGUUCAGGUACGAGGACUGGGGUCUGACUUUCCUCAGCUUCGACUUCGUCAAAACCGCGUCCCAGCACAUGUGGCUGUCCCUGGGCCAGGAGGCGUUUGUCGGGGGAGAAGCUCCGGACUCACCUGUGGUCACCAUGGAGGGAGAGAAGAGCAGCUUGUGCAAGUUCAUCAAAGGCAACAGGCCUCUGGUGCUGAGCUUCGGAAGCUGCACCUGACCCCCGUUCAUCUACAAACUUGACGAGUUCAAGCAGCUCGUCAGGGACUUCGGCGACGUGGCUGACUUCCUGGUGGUCUACAUCGCAGAGGCUCAUUCAACAGAUGGUUGGGCCUUCACCAACAACUACGACAUCAACCAGCACCGGAGCCUGGAGGAGAGGCUGUCCGCAGCACGCAUCCUGGUCCAGCAGGAGCCCCUGUGUCCGGUGGUGGUAGACGAAAUGAAUGAUGUCGCUGCCAUAAAGUAUGGCGCCCUGCCUGAGAGGCUUUAUGUGCUUCAGGCUGGGAAAGUCAUCUACGAGGGUGGGAUGGGACCAUGGGACUACAAUCCAUCAGAUGUGCGUUUGUUCCUGGAGAAGAUGAAUUAAGAACAUCGUUAAUGGAAUCAAUCAAGUCAUUAAUCAAUCGAUACACUUAUACAUAGCUGCUCUGAGGCAUCUCUUACAUCUACCAGUGCCCGAGCAGAAAUAUUGUAACCCCUUCAAUUUUACAUUAAUAUUGUCUCCUGUGCUCUUCAGACUGAUUUCAAGUGUCGACCUCUGAGCCUGAACUCACCUCUGUGUUUCUUAGUGACGGUUACAGAUGAAACCAUUUGGUCUCUGUAGCCAGAUGAAGUGAAACACAGACGCAGUCCACUCAGAGUUUGUAUUUGAUGUCUCACCUAAUGGACAGGAGCUGUUGUGUGUGUGCAUAUACUUGUUUGUAUGUGAGAUGUCUUAAGUUUAAAGACAUUUUCGGGGCACGGUCACACAUAAGUGAAUAUCAUGGGUUAAAAUCUCCACGCGAAGCUACGCUGCGAAUUGCAUCGUCACAAGAUGUUUUAUCCGCGUCCUCGCUCGCACAGAUUGGAAUUGAACCUGAGGCAAAGGUUCACUGCUGAUAUAUUCCUGCACGUGUGGCCGGGCCCUAACUCUGUGAUGAUCCAGUUGUUUUACACUAAGGUUUACCUCUGUCUAUAACUGCUCCUAUGUAAUUCAACUGGAGGCCGCUUUAACAUGACGAUUACAGUGUAAACCUCUGGUAACUGUAAUUUGAUGAAAGAAGAUUGAAAAGUAGGUUUUCUCUGAAUGAUGUAGGGGCAUUUAUGAUGGGACACGUUUAAUGUAUGAAAAUAUCUCUAUAACACAUUUUUUCUCAGAAUAAAUUAGCUUUUUUAUUGCAGACUUUUUGUAUUGGAAAGACUCCUACGUCAAGUCCCUGAUAUAUAUACAACAUAAAACCUAAAGUGUGUUAUACUUAAUGUGUUUGUGUGACGCUAGUUAACAAGGUGGAUUCUUAUUUUCUCAUACUCCUGCUUCCACUGCAAGGAGAUAUAGGUGAAAUGGAAAUCAUAUCAAAUUAUGUUCAGUACAAGAAUGAUGCUCUUUACAGUUCAUUAUUAAACUGAGAAACACCA